AGUGAAAAAUGAUAAUUACAAGACGUGUUCCGGGCAAAACGAUUUGAACCUCUUGGCCUUCCAUACGUCAUGCUCGCUUAUAAAGAUCAGAUAACUCUUAACACGUGCUUUCAUAUCUGGCUGGCUCAGUUCGAUAAUGAGUACGUUAUGACGCUGUGCGCGGAUUGAAGUGACUUGUUAAUAAACAAAACUGGCACAGUUUCUUUCUCCACCUUUCCAUCAAUAGCUGGGGAUUCGUAAAAUGCGGUUGAAAGGCAUAUUUUUACUCCUGUCUUUAGGAGCGUUCACAUCGUAUUACGUUUACCAGCCCAUUCCAGACGAGAUAGAGGAGAGAUGGAAACUCAUGUUGACCGACUGUUUCUUCAGAAGUCUCAGCCACCUGGCAGACUUCAGUGAGCUGCUGGGUUUGAAGGACUACAUGGGGGUGAUGAUGUUCAUCACCUUUGCUGAGCGCGUGUUCCCCGUGUCAGACCAACGUGUGCACGUUACAGAGGAGCUGUUUGAUGGGGUGGAGGUGGUGGUGUACCAGCCCAAACUGCAGGGCGGCGACACUGAGCUGAGGAGAGCAGUCAUAUACCUGCACGGAGGAGGAUGGUGCCUGGGCAGCGCCAGAAUGGGACCAUACGACCUCCUGGCUAGGCAGAUGGUCAUGGAUCUUAACUCUGUGGUUGUGUCUGUAGAGUACCGCCUGGCCCCCGAGCACCAUUUCCCUGUCCCGUAUGAGGACGUGUACCGCGUGGUGAAGCACUUCCUCCAGAGGGCGGUCCUGGCCCAGUACUCUGUCGACCCAGGACGCAUCGCUGUAUCUGGGGACAGCGCCGGAGGGAACCUGGCUGCAGCCGUGUCCCAGCAGUUGCAGCAGGAUCCAGAACAGCAGCAGCAGCUGAAGGUCCAGGCCCUGCUCUACCCUGUGCUGCAGGCUCUGGACCUCAAUACCCCGUCCUACCAGCAGAACCAGAACAUGCCUAUCCUACCCCGCACCCUUAUGGUGCGCUUCUGGAGCGAAUACUUCACCAGCGACAAGACCUUCUUCAGAGCCAUGAUGACCAACACUCACAACAGCCCGGAGUCCGCUGCUCUGCUCAACUUCGUCAACUGGAGUGUCUUCCUGCCAGAGUCCUACCGGGGGACGUAUAACUACAGCGUUCCGGUCAUGGCGUUGUCGGCGGGAGGGUCGGACGGGCCAUCGCGCUCCAUCGCUGACCCCCGGGCCUCGCCCCUGCUGGUCCCAGACGCUGCUUUACGCUCGCUACCCAAGGCCUACGUUCUGACGUGUGAGUACGACGUGCUGCGGGACGACGGGGUGAUGUAUGCCACACGCCUGCGCCGCGCCGGAGUCGAGGUGACUCACGAACACUACGCCGGAGGUUUCCACGGCGCCCUCAUGUUCACCGUGUGGCCAACCGACUUCCAGAUUGGACGCACGAUGACGGAGAACUUCAUCAAAUGGCUGCAGCAUAACUUGUAGAAAACAGAAUGUUCCUUCCCGUUUCCCAUAGCAACCCAGCACCUGUUAUGUGCUACUGUACUUUCAUUUUUGACUCUUUGGUUGUUUUUACACAUCUUUUGUUUAUUUUUAAAAUAAAACUAAAGCACUGUCUGUUUGUAAUUAAAAAGGGCACCUACUGAGGGGUUUUACACUCUGAUACUACAUCUCAACAACAACACCAGAUGCUACUCAAAUACUGGUUAGCCUGGAUUUUAUAAUCGCCAAGGAAACCAAUGAGGCAGAACAUGAGGCAGACCAACUGAUGCCAGAUACAAGAAAUUUGAUGAAGCCAAGUGCUGUACAUUUCAUUUUGGACAUUUCCAUCUUGUUCUGCAUCUGAAUCGUGGAUCACUAUAAUAGCCCGUGUGUUUUAUUAGCAGAUUUUUGGUAGCACCCCUAAGGUCACAGGGAGAAAGACAAGGACAAAUACUUGUUUGGUGUUAUCUUUUAGAAUUGAGUGGGUAUGGAUAUAUUGUUUGUGGAGGACCAGUGUGGAGGACCAGUCUAGAGUGUGUGGAGGACCAGUCUAGAGUGUGUGGAGGACCAGUCUAGAGUGUGUGGAGGACCAGUCUAGAGUGUGUGGAGGACCAGUCUAGAGUGUGUGGAGGACCAGUCUAGAGUGUGUGGAGGACCAGUCUAGAGUGUGUGGAGGACCAGUCUAGAGUGUGUGGAGGACCAGUCUAGAGUGUGUGGAGGACCAGUCUAGAGUGUGUGGAGGACCAGUCUAGAGUGUGUGGAGGACCAGUCUAGAGUGUGUGGAGGACCAGUCUAGAGUGUGUGGAGGACCAGUCUAGAGUGUGUGGAGGACCAGUCUAGAGUGUGUGGAGGACCAGUCUAGAGUGUGUGGAGGACCAGUCUAGAGUGUGUGGAGGACCAGUCUAGAGUGUGUGGAGGACCAGUCUAGAGUGUGUGGAGGACCAGUCUAGAGUGUGUAGAGGACCAGUCUAGAGUGUGUAGAGGACCAGUCUAGAGUGUGUGGAGGACCAGUCUAGAGUGUGUGGAGGACCAGUCUAGAGUGUGUGGAGGACCAGUCUAGAGUGUGUGGAGGACCAGUCUAGAGUGUGUGGAGGACCAGUCUAGAGUGUGUGGAGGACCAGUCUAGAGUGUGUGGAGGACCAGUCUAGAGUGUGUGGAGGACCAGUCUAGAGUGUGUGGAGGACCAGUCUAGAGUGUGUGGAGGACCAGUCUAGAGUGUGUGGAGGACCAGUCUAGAGUGUGUAGAGGACCAGUCUAGAGUGUGUAGAGGACCAGUCUAGAGUGUGUGGAGGACCAGUCUAGAGUGUGUGGAGGACCAGUCUAGAGUGUGUGGAGGACCAGUCUAGAGUGUGUGGAGGACCAGUCUAGAGUGUGUGGAGGACCAGUCUAGAGUGUGUGAAGGACCAGUCUAGAGUGUGUGGAGGACCAGUCUAGAGUGUGUGGAGGACCAGUCUAGAGUGUGUAGAGGACCAGUCUAGAGUGUGUAGAGGACCAGUCUAGAGUGUGUGGAGGACCAGUCUAGAGUGUGUGGAGGACCAGUCUAGAGUGUGGAGGACCAGUCUAGAGUGUGUGGAGGACCAGUCUAGAGUGUGUGGAGGACCAGUCUAGAGUGUGUGGAGGACCAGUCUAGAGUGUGUGGAGGACCAGUCUAGAGUGUGUGGAGGACCAGUCUAGAGUGUGUGGAGGACCAGUCUAGAGUGUGUGAAGGACCAGUCUAGAGUGUGUGGAGGACCAGUCUAGAGUGUGUGGAGGACCAGUCUAGAGUGUGUGGAGGACCAGUCUAGAGUGUGUGGAGGACCAGUCUAGAGUGUGUGGAGGACCAGUCUAGAGUGUGUGGAGGACCAGUCUAGAGUGUGUGGAGGACCAGUCUAGAGUGUGUGGAGGACCAGUCUAGAGUGUGUGAAGGACCAGUCUAGAGUGUGUGGAGGACCAGUCUAGAGUGUGUGGAGGACCAGUCUAGAGUGUGUAGAAGACCAGUCUAGAGUGUGUGGAGGACCAGUCUAGAGUGUGUGGAGGACCAGUCUAGAGUGUGGAGGACCAGUGUAGAGUGUGUGGAGGACCAGUCUAGAGUGUGUGGAGGACCAGUCUAGUGUGUGGAGGACCAGUCUAGAGUGUGGAGGACCAGUCUAGAGUGUGUGGAGGACCAGUCUAGUGUGUGGAGGACCAGUCUAGAGUGUGUGGAGGACCAGUCUAGAGUGUGUGGAGGACCAGUCUAGAGUGUGUGGAGGACCAGUCUAGAGUGUGUGGAGGACCAGUCUAGAGUGUGUGAAGGACGAGUCUAGAGUGUGUGGAGGACCAGUCUAGAGUGUGUGGAGGACCAGUCUAGAGUGUGUAGAGGACCAGUCUAGAGUGUGUGAAGGACCAGUCUAGAGUGUGUAGAGGACCAGUCUAGAGUGUGUAGAGGACCAGUCUAGAGUGUGUAGAGGACCAGUGUAGAGUGUGGAGGACCAGUCUAGAGUGUGUAGAGGACCAGUCUAGAGUGUGUGGAGGACCAGUCUAGAGUGUGUGGAGGACCAGUCUAGAGUGUGUGGAGGACCAGUCUAGAGUGUGUGGAGGACCAGUCUAGAGUGUGGAGGACCAGUCUAGAGUGUGUAGAGGACCAGUCUAGAGUGUGUGGAGGACCAGUCUAGAGUGUGGAGGACCAGUCUAGAUUGUGUAGAGGACCAGUCUAGAGUGUGGAGGACCAGUCUAGAGUGUGUGGAGGACCAGUCUAGAGUGUGUAGAGGACCAGUCUAGAGUGUGUGGAGGACCAGUCUAGAGUGUGUGGAGGACCAGUCUAGAGUGUGUGGAGGACCAGUCUAGAGUGUGGAGGACCAGUCUAGAGUGUGUGGAGGACCAGUCUAGAGUGUGUGGAAGACCAGUCUAGAGUGUGUGGAGGACCAGUCUAGUGUGUAUGGAGGACCAGUCUAGAGUGUGUGGAGGACCAGUCUAGAGUGUAUGGAGGACCAGUCUAGAGUGUGUGGAGGACCAGUCUAGAGUGUGUGGAGGACCAGUCUAGAGUGUGUGGAGGACCAGUCUAGAGUGUGUGGAGGACCAGUCUAGAGUGUGUGGAGGACCAGUCUAGAGUGUGGAGGACCAGUCUAGAGUGUGUGGAGGACCAGUCUAGAGUGUGGAGGACCAGUCUAGAGUGUGUGGAGGACCAGUCUAGAGUGUGUGGAGGACCAGUCUAGAGUGUGUGGAGGACCAGUCUAGAGUGUGUGGAGGACCAGUCUAGAGUGUGUGGAGGACCAGUCUAGAGUGUGUGGAGGACCAGUCUAGAGUGUGUGGAGGACCAGUCUAGAGUGUGUGGAGGACCAGUCUAGAGUGUGUGGAGGACCAGUCUAGAGUGUGGAGGACCAGUCUAGAGUGUGUGGAGGACCAGUCUAGAGUGUGUGGAGGACCAGUCUAGAGUGUGGAGGACCAGUCUAGAGUGUGUGGAGGACCAGUCUAGAGUGUGUAGAGGACCAGUCUAGAGUGUGUGGAGGACCAGUCUAGAGUGUGGAGGACCAGUCUAGAGUGUGUGGAGGACCAGUCUAGAGUGUGGAGGACCAGUCUAGAGUGUGUGGAGGACCAGUCUAGAGUGUGGAGGACCAGUCUAGAUUACUAGGGAGGAACAUGGUUGUCAUCUUGAGUUGUUCUCAUCCCAUAAAGGCCUGUUACGCUCAGUGAUCAUGUGAGGUGUACUGAGCCUGUUCACUUGUCUUCCCACCGUUCUGUCUGCUGCUCUCUGUCUCAAUCUGCGUGACAUGGAAGGACCAACACGAGGGGGAAGGUCAAGGGGUUAAGUAAACCCCCUACAGCAUGUCAGACUUGGAAGUAUUUGUAGUCUGAGCAUGUAGCUGUUAUUGAGGUUGAACAGAGCUGCAGUCAAUUGAAUGCAGUGUAAAGUAGUAGCUUAGAGCUUACUGCAGAGCUAAUGGUCGCCCUAUCGGUUCCCCAGCUGACUCGGUUCCCCAGCUGACUCGGUUCCCCAGCUGACUCGGUUCCCCAGCUGACUCGGUUCCCCAGCUGACUCGGUUCCCCAGCUGACUCGGUUCCCCAGCUGACUCGGUUCCCCAGCUGACUCGGUUCCCCAGCUGACUCGGUUCCCCAGCUGACACUCCUCCUCUAACAAAAUCAUCUUGUUGGGGAAACAAAGCUCUGUGUUCUUUAUCAUUGGAUUAAUCAGACUUGAUGACUUGCACACAUAAUAUAGACAUAAUCUUAUCUGAGAUACUAUUUUAUUUAGCUUCAGUAUUCACCCUACAAAUCCUUGUAAAUAUCAUGACUGUCAUGAAUAUCACGUGUAGUGUUUAUUUUUUCAUGUGAAAUACGGAGAAUUGAAUACAUGCAUAAUAAAACCACCUCACCUGA